CCCAGCCCGGAGGUGGGAUCAGGCCGGGCUUUGGCCGAUCCCCUCCCAGCAGCCCGGCUUUAUAAAUCCCCCGCGGCCGCCGGGCGCGGCACCCGAGGGUGCGAUGGCGCAGCAGCGCCGUGUCCAGCUGUCCACGCAGCGCCCCGGCAGCGCCGUGUGCGUGCUGGGCACCGAGCUGGCCCUGGACGUGUGCGGCUCGGCCCCGCGCCGCGCCGCCUCGUUCCAGGCGCAGGGCUCUCCGGGGCUGACGCUGUGGGUGCUGCACGACGGCCGGAGCGUGAAGCUGCCCUCGAGCGUUUGCCGCUGGCCCCUGGGCGCCCGGCCCGAGCUGCUGCUGGCCAUGGAGCGCCCCAGCAAGGAGCCGGGGGACGAGAAGGUCAGGGUUUCCUAUUUCCGCGAGGACGGCGGGGUUCCCGUGGGCCGGGCUGUGCUCUACCUCACCUGCGUGGAGGUGUCGCUGGAUGCUGAUGUCACCCGCAGCGGGGCCGUGAGCCGGACACUGCUGGACAAGGCCAGCUGGACGUGGGGCCCCGAUGGCCACGGGGCCGUGCUCCUCGUCAACUGCGACCGCGACGACCCCGGCGCCGAGGGCCUGGACAACGAGGACAGCGCCGUGCGCUCCUACAACGACCUGCAGGACAUGGCGCAGCUGGUGCUGAGGGCGCGCGGGCCCCGCGCCACCUUCGCCGGGCACCGCCUGCUGCUGCACCUCGACUUCGGCCACGCCGACAAGAUCAGGGUGUUCUACGGCGGCAACAACGUGGAGCUGGAGAUGUUCAAGGCCGUCCUGGGGGGCUCCAAGCUGUCCUACACCGUGCGGCCCAGCCGGCACCAGCACGAGAGCGUCUUCUACGUGGAGGGCCUGGCCUUCCCCGACGUGGCCUUCUCGGGGCUCGUGUCCCUGCACGUCACUCUGCUCGAGAGCCCCGGAAAGGGCCUCCUGGAGUCUCCGAUCUUCACGGACUCCGUGGUGUUCCGCGUGGCUCCCUGGAUCAUGACGCCCAACACGGCGCCGCCGCUCGAGGUCUUUGUCUGCAGCGUGGACAAGAACGAGGAGUUUGUGGCGGCCGUGGGCGCCGGCGAGCGGGCGCAGGUGCCGCUGACCGUGUGCCCGGCGCCGCAGAACCAGCAGGACCGCUGGAUCCAGGAUGAGGUGGAGUUCGGCUACAUCCAAGCCCCCCACAAGACCCUCCCCGUGGUCUUCGACUCGCCCCGGGACCGCGGCCUGAAGGAUUUUCCCGUCAGGAGCAUCCUGGGCCCCGAUUUUGGCUACGUGGCCCGGCAGGCUCCAGAGGGCGCUUCCAGCCUGGAUUCCUUCGGGAAUUUGGAGGUGAGCCCGCCCGUGACGGUGCAGGGCAAGGAGUACCCCUUGGGGCGCAUCCUGAUCGGCAGCAGCUUCCCCAGGUCCGGGGCGCGCAGGAUGGCCAAGGCCGUGCGGGAUUUCCUGGUGGCCCAGAAGGUGCAGGCGCCCGUGGAGCUCUUCUCGGACUGGCUCAGCGUCGGGCACGUGGAUGAGUUCCUGAGCUUCGUCCCCGCGCCCGACCGGAAGGGAUUCCGGCUGCUCCUGGCCAGCCCCAGCGCCUGCUACCAGCUCCUGAGGGAGAAGCAGGAGGAGGGGUUCGGCGAGGCCGCGAUGUUCCAGGGCCUCCAUCCAACUCCAUCUCCCUCCAUCCCGUCCCUCCCCGGUGGCUCCCAGAGCUGCAUCAGCUGGAACCGGGACAUCCUGAAGCGCUCGCUGGGCCUGGCCGAGCCGGACAUCCUGGACAUCCCGCAGCUCUUCCAGAGCAACGCCGACUCGGAGGCCGAGGCCUUCUUCCCGGACAUGGUGAACAUGCUGGUGCUGGGCCGGCACCUGGGCAUCCCCAAGCCCUUCGGGCCCGUGGUGGGCGGGCGCUGCUGCCUGGAGCAGCGCGUGCGGGAGCUGCUGGAGCCGCUGGGCCUCUCCUGCACCUUCAUCGACGACUUCUUCUCCUACCACGUGCUGCUGGGCGAGGUGCACUGCGGCACCAACGUGCGCCGCAAGCCCUUCGCCUUCAAGUGGUGGCACGCGGUGCCCUGAGGUGGCUCCGUGUCCCCUCCGUGUCCCCUCCCGUCCCUGCCAAGUGCCUUUGGUGGCGGAAAUAAAUCCGGGCUGCGGCCGCUGUGCGGGGCUCUG